GAUGAGUCUCCAUUCCUAGCAGUCCAGGCAGCUGUCCGCAAUUACGAUGAGGAGAUGCCAGCGAACACCAUUCGUGCGUGGGCGAUUGGUCUAUUUCUUGUCACCAUAUGUGGCGGAAUGAACAUGCUCUUUUACCUGCGGUCUCCUGCAAUAUCGAUUUCUACUAUCGUCGCGCAGUUUCUCGCUUACCCCAUCGGCCGCCUGUGGUCCCUUACAAUGCCCCAGCGAAUAUUCACGACAUUCGGAGUCCGCUGGUCUCUCAAUCCCGGGCUCUUUAAUAUGAAAGAGCACGCCAUAGUCACCGUAAUGGCAAAUGCUGGGUUUGAUAUCGGGGCGGCUUAUUCAACCGAUGUCCUUACAGCUCAGCAGAAGUUUUAUGGACAGUCCUUUGGAUGGGGAUUCCAACUUCUCCUUACGUGGACAUCGACUGUGAUUGGUCACGGUAUAGCUGGAAUCAGUCGACAACUUUCUUGUGUAAGUGCUUGA